CAAAGGUGAAAUCAGUAAUGAAGAUUCCGCCACCGCACCAGGCUCACUAACUGUCGCACUUGUUUAUUUUCAAGAUAAGUUCCAGACGACGGUGAGCUGAUCUACCGCGCAGAGAAGACAUGGCACGGCUGGUAGCAGUUUGCAGGGAAGGCGAGGAGGAUUACCCGUUUUUGGCGAGACAGAUUCCCCUGUAUAUUAAUGACACACUCACGAUGGUGAUGGAGUUUCCUGACAGUUUCAUGGACGCCGAAGGCACUGACAUAGUCAUUGCUCAUUGGAAGCAAUUUUCUGAGUAUUAUUCCAAGCUGAAGCAGCAGGACCUGAAUAUCGCCUUUAUGGUGUCGUCCAGCGAGGUGUACAGCGCGCUAUCCCAGCUGGUGCCGUGCGUGGGCUGUAGACGAAGUGUGGAGCGCCUCUUUUCUCACUCAGUGGAGACGGGGAACCCAGCGCUGGAGCCCCUCACAGUGAAACCCAAAGGCAUGCUCACUGUCACCAAGGCUUGUUUGGCAGACAUGAAGAAGCUUUAUACCCUGUUCUACAUCCAUGGGCCAAAGUUAAAUGACAUGAUUGACGCCAUUCCAAAGAGUAAAAAGAAUAAGCGCUGCCAGUUGCACUCCUUAGACACUCACAAACCUAAACCCCUGGGGGGAAGUUGGAUGGACGUGUGGGAGCUGAUGUCUCAAGAAUGCAGGGACGAGGUGGUCCUCAUCGACAGUGCCUGUCUACUUGAGACGCUGGAGACGUACUUGCGGAAACACAGGUUUUGCACAGACUGUAAGAAUAAAGUGAUCAGAGCAUACAACAUCCUGGUUGGAGAGGUGGACUCCAGUGAGGAGAAGGGAUACUGCGCCGCUCUGUAUGAGGGUCUCUGUUGUUGCCCCCAUGAGCGGCACAUCCACGUGUGCUGCGAAACGGACUUCAUCGCUCACUUACUCGGCAGGGCAGAGCCUGAGUUCUCAGGAGGCUACGAGCGCAGAGAGAGACACGCGAAAACGAUUGAUAUUGCACAAGAGGAAGUUCUGACCUGUCUGGGCAUUCAUCUCUACGAGCGGCUGCACAGACUCUGGCAGAAACUACGAGCUGAGGAACAGACGUGGCAGAUAUUGUUCCAUCUGGGUAUCGAUGCACUACGGAAAAGCUUUGAGAUGGCAGUGGAGAAGAUGCAGGGCAUCAGUCGGCUCGAGCAGUUUGUGGAGGAACUGUCAGAGGAGGAGAGAGCCAAAGAACUGAAACUGGAGAAGAAGAGACAGAAACGGAAAAACCGACGCAAAAACAAGUGUGGUUUUGAUAUGUCUGAACAGGAGGCAGAGAACAAGGAGAAAAUCCUGGAUGAGGGUUCCUUUGACUCAGUUGAGGGCAGCUGUAAGGCCUGUGGUAGCCACGAUGAGGAAGAGGAAGAGGCUGGGUGUGAAGAGACAGUGACCACCAGCAGAAACGCCUCCUGUAACUGCUCAGAUAACACCAAGCGAGGUAUAAUCAUUCGGGACACAACAUUGUCCUCAGAUUUGUCCCACAACAGUAAUGGCAGCGACUGCGGCUACUCGUCAAGUAUGGAGGGCAGCGAGAUGGGAUCACGAGAAGGCUCCGACGUCGCCUGCUCUGAGGGCAUGUGCAACCACGAAGCAGGUCCAGGGGAUUACCCAAACGUCCACCACUGUGUCGAAGACAAAGAGGAGGACGGGACAGACAGCUGUGUGGACUGCUGGCCGCACUCUGAGGAAAACAGUCAGUGCAAGAGUAAAAAGAAGAAGAAAAAGGGCAAGAGCUGCAAUGAUCAGGAGCCAAAAACCGAAGGUUGUACGUCGGACGGGAACGCCACAGGCCACAAUCUGACAUCAGCAAACACUUGUCGAACCAAAGACAUUUUUUCCUCCUUAUGUGGUGACAAGCUCGCUAACAUUUCUCUACGGUCGCCAUGGGCAGUCCAUCAAAGCAACCUCAGCCUUCACAUGAGGCCUACAAAGGCAAAUUUAAGUUUGGUGGAACUCCUGGACGAUUCCGAGGUAACUUCCGAUGAAGAGAGCGGUCUGACGGAGGACGAAAUCCAGGCAUUUCUGGAACAGAACCAGUCCUUCUACAGCAACCGCCACCAGUACCGACAGCUCCUCAAGGAGAAAUUCACCAACUACUGCCGUGCCACUGAGCGGAGCAAGCGAGUCUGUGGAAAGUGGUUCGCCACAACCAGCGUCAAGUAACAUCAUAAUCCCUUGGAAAAUUUAAAAGCACUCGUGACCACUGCUGCAAGGUUGUUAUAAAAAGAUACAUUUCAGAUGUAUCCUUCUGUGUCUUGUUGGGUCAUUUCUUUAAAAUCAACGUGAGUUAUUAAUUUUCUUUCUCCUUGACAUCUUUGAUUCUUUUGCACUUGUACACUGAUGCAGUUGUUCAUCUCUAUUUGCCACAUUCAUACAUGUUUGUUGUUCUCUUUGAUCAAACCUAGCUAUUUAUUGUUGGUCAUGUGUAGGGUUUCAGGGUUAGAGCACAGUGGAAUAAGAAAUCAAGUUUUGCAAGCUGUGAUAUUAGGGAAGAAUUUUAGUCGUCUUGUUUUUAUUUUUGUUUCCAUUUUUUUCUCUCUCUCUCUCUUCUUUAUGGUGACACUUCAGUGUAGCGCUUACAGGUUGCACCAUGAAAUGUGUACAGAAGUAUAAAUAUAAAAAUUUUACAGAGAAUAAACAUCCAUUUGUAAUAAAUUUGGGGUGUGUUAAGAGCGCAAUGUUAAGGAAAAUUUACUAAAUAAAGAGUAUUUAUUAAUAUGGA